AAUAUAUAUAUAUAUAUAUAUAUAAGAUUUAAUUUUGAUAUCUCUUCCUUCCCUUUUCCCCAAAAUAUACACGACUAUGGCUUUUUUAAAAUUAAAAAAUAAUUUCUUCAUAUUUUUCAUUUUUUUGAUAUUUUUUAAUGAACUAGUUUUUUCUCAAUGUAUAGAUUAUUUUGAUGCCUUAGAUCAUGAAGUAAAAAGAAAUGUUGCUUGUCCGCUCGUAACAGAUGAUCCAUCAAAAUAUUCUAGGAGAGCACCCUCUUCUUAUGAGGAUGAAUCAAAAAUACAAAUUACAGAAUUUAAAUGUAACAAUGCAACAGAAGAAAUUUGUAAUAAAGUCAAAGACACUAUUUUGAUAGCUGGAAAAAUUAUUUCAAAAACUUUUAUUUUAAAGUCGCCCAUAUUUUUAUCCGUUAAUUAUACUAAUUUAUGUGUAGUUCAACCUGAUCUUUGUAAAUUACAAGGAGGAAAAGUUGUUGUAAUAGGUGCCGCUCAAUCAGCACGAGAAAUAUUAUUGUUGGAUGAUGAUGGAUUAUCUCGAUAUUAUCCUCAAUCAUUAGUAAAACAGUAUCAAUUUAAAAAACAUCCUGAAUUUGCUCCGAUUGAUAUUAUAGCAACAUUUAAUUCCAUAGUUAAUUGGCAUUUUCCAUCGGAUUCUGAUAUACCAAUUCAACCAAAACAAUUUGAUAUGCUUUAUAUCGUUUUACAUGAAUUAAUGCAUGGUUUAGGUUUCACUUCAAAUUGGCAAAACUGGUUUUUAACUGGUAAUAAAAAUCAAAUUCUUAUCACUUCUAAACCAGAUGUAGUUAUUUCUGAUAAUGAAGUUAUUUUUGAUGAAUUUAAAGAAACUGCUUUUGAUAGACAUUUAAUAUUUAAUAGUAAUUACAAAAAUUUAUCUCCCGUCACUGUAAAAUUAAAUGAUUUUGCUAAUCCUGGUACAAAAUUUAAAAAUGUUACCGACUUGAUCCAAAAUUUUUUAAAUUCUAAACAAGUCGUAAUAGCAGAAAAUAUGAAUAAUAUAUCCACUACUUUUAAUUCCCUUUCUUCUUAUCCAAAAUCUUGUUAUACGGAAAGAGCUAUUUUGGAAACUACUCUCAUUCCUUUUCAAAAUGGUCAGAGUAUUUCUCAUUUUGAUCAAUCUUACAUAAAUUCUCCUGAUUUCUUAAUGACUACGAUUCAAGUUCCUGGUAAAACUUUGUCCGAUUUAGUAAGGCAAACUGGUGCUACGAGUCCUAUUGGUCCAAAAUUACAGGCCAUUAUGGAAUGUUUAGGAUAUGAAACAAAGAGAAAUUUGAUACCAUAUCGUCCGAAAUUGGUUUAUCCGCUGAGCGGGAAGUCUUAAUUUUAUUACACAUGUACAACGCUUUUAACAAUAAAAUGAAUUCUUUGUUAUUGUUCUUAAUUUGUUCAUUGUAAAUUUAAACGAAUGUUUUGUAUAUUAUCUCUAUUAAUAAAUAUAUAUAUAUACUGUAAGUUAUAU